UGUCCUAAAUGGAAACUGCCGAGUUCUACUACGUUUAUUACUUAGCACAAGAUUAUCUGCAAUAUGUUCUUCAGGAAUCACAUCUUGGACCAGCCCAGACCAGGGUUGCCCAGGUCUUGCGAAACAUUGCAUCUUCACUGCAAGACCAAACGGAGGAGGCUCUCAGACCAUUCUUGGACAGGAUUGAUAUUACCUCUGUAGAUGUUGCCAAGAGGAUUUUCAAUGGUGUCAUGGAAGAAAAAUUUGCUGAUGGAAAUACUAACUGGGGACGAAUUAUGACCAUAUUUACAUUUGGAGGUCUUCUCACUAAGAAGCUUCAAGAGCAUGGAGUUCAGCUCACUGGAGAGGAGAAGGAGCAGAUUUCUUAUUUCAUCACAGAGUACAUAAUAAACAACAAAGCAGAAUGGAUAGAUGCGAAUGGUGGCUGGGAAAAUGGCUUCCUAACGAAGUUUGAAAGAAGGUCACUACUGUCUUUCUCCAAAAUUACAGCCAUGUUCAUAGCAGCUUUUUCCCUGUUCAGAGAGUACUACUGAAAUAAAUGGACCUGCCAUCCACGUAUAAUCUAGAUAUUGCCACAAGCUUCAUUGCUAAGCUUUCCUCCAAGCAAUAUCAAUGAGAAAACAAUUUUCUUCCAAAAUUUGUCUUAAUUUAUUCUAUUUAUUUUUACUAAAUACAAUGUUUCACAUGAUACCCUAAUUGCCAAACCUGAAGAUGAGAUUCCUCCAAAGAGGAAUUGAUGCAGCAUCAAGCAGCAACUCAAGUCACCCUUUCCAGGCAGGACUGCUUAGAGGGAGAAAUCACUCUCUACAUCCAGACAGCUCUUGGAAUGUCUAUUGCACCUCCAUGAAAGGACAUUGUUUUACUGAAAUACAAUCCAAUGGGUUAAGAAACAAGUUUUAAAGUCAUUUGUUUUGUAAAUGAAAUACUAUUGUAAUGCAUUUUAUUGCAACCUUUGUAUAAGCAAAAAAUGGGUGGUGGGUUCUGUGAAGAAAAAGAAAAUGCAAAUUCCAAGGAAAAAUUUGGUACGAGCUACUGACACAGACUAAGCAAUUUUUAUGGGAAGAACAAUUUUAAAAUGUGCACUCACUUACUAUUAGUGUAAUGGUAUGUGUUUCCUUGUUGUAUUUUUUAAUUGCUCAUAUCUACACUGAAUGUUCUUUCAAGUUUGUGUAAUGUAGUCAUCUGGCUGAACUUUUUAAAAAUUAGAUGUUUUAAAACAGGCAAGGACAAAAUAUUUUUACAGUUAGAAAUCUGUGUAAAUACACUAAUAUUUUUUAAAAAGACAUUA